AUGAAGGCCACACAAGCGCCCGAAAAAUUCCUGUCCCUCAUUCUUCUUUUUUCCCAGUCUGCUUAUGGACUAGUGGGAGGGAGUGAUGCAUCUGCGGAUAAUGCUCCAUUCACAGCCGCAGUCAUCUCGAGUGGAAUUUUUGGUGACUCCUAUAUCUGUGCUGGCUCGUUGAUUGGCCCCAAAACCGUUCUUACUACUGCUGGAUGUGCCGAUGGGUCCUCAGUGUCCUCAUUAAAGGUACGAUUGGGCAGCCUUGAACAUGCUACUGGCGGCAAAUUGCAACAGGUCACGAAGAUUAUCAAACAUCCGAACUACAACACCAACACCCGAGAUUCUGACUUUGCUCUUCUUCAUCUGACGGACUCAGUCACGGAUAUCAAACCCGUGACAAUUGCUGAACAAGCUACGCUGACAGGGGCGCCUGUCAGCCUCUAUGGUUGGGGAUCGACUGGCAAGCUGUCCAAUGAAAACCCCCAAGCAUUGCAACAGCUCGAUACCACAUUCAUCUCAUCCGAGGAUUGCAACCCGCUGUGGGCUGAUGUCAAUCCGGUGACCAGCAACAUGAACUGUGAUGCUGCACCGGAGAAGCAGCAAGGGUCCUGUGACCAUGACCAGGGAGGUCCGGUGGUUAACGAAUCCGGUGAGCUAGUUGGCCUCAUGGGUUACUACGACUAUUGUCAGCCUGAGUCGGAUGGUCGUCCUGAUGUCAAUAACGACCCGUUGAGCGUGGCCGACUGGAUCGCUCUUAAUACCAUCUGA